CAAAUCACUGCUUCCUAUAAAAGUAUUAUAUAUACAUAAUAUGUAUCCAUCAAGAAUCAGAAAUCAAAACCAACCAACCCAAGAAAACAAAAAAUGUAUUCAAUGGAGAAGCUUUGUUCUCAUGAACCAUUCUGACCCCAAUGGGCAUGAACAACGAGGUUCUCGAUUAGGUGGUUUUUAGCGGUUCAAUGGUGGGUGUUGGUGUACAGAAAAGCAGAGGACAGAAUUAAACAUUUAAAAAUGGAGGGAUUAAAAAGUAAAUUAGUCAAAAAUAUUUUUAUUAAUUAAUUGGGAUAUUUUCUUGGGAAUAAUAAAAAUCAAAACUUUCACCAACCCCUGAAUAUAUAAAGGAAGAAGUGGGUGGUUUGGAGUGAUGAGAGGAAAAAAAGAAUUGAAGUGACAGAUAUACUCACAAAGAGGAAGAGAAGAGAGAUGGCUUGCAGACAAUUGUGGGCUUCAAGAGCGGCCUCUUCCCUGAGGAUCUCUGUGUCUCACAGAGCCUUUUCUAAUGUUGUUAAAGAUCUGAAGUAUGCCGAUUCCCACGAAUGGGUAAAAGUUGAUGGGAAUUCUGCAACCGUUGGCAUCACUGAUCAUGCCCAAGAUCAUUUGGGUGAUGUUGUGUAUGUUGAAUUGCCUGAAGUGGGAGCAACCGUCACACAAGGAGAUAGUUUUGGUGCAGUUGAAAGUGUGAAGGCAACUAGUGAUGUUAACUCUCCUGUUUCUGGAAAAGUGAUUGAAGUGAAUGAAGAGCUUAGUAGCUCUCCUGCUUUGGUCAACUCAAGCCCUUAUAAAGAUGGAUGGAUAAUUAAAGUUGAACUGAAUGACAGUGGUGAACUAAACAACUUGAUGGAUUCAGAAAGGUACUCCAAAUUCUGUGAAGAAGAAGAUGCACAUUGAGAUAUUUCAGUACAUCAUGUUUUAGUUGGGAAAGCUAAGACUGGAUUGUUCUGUUUUCUACAUGUGACACGUCUUGACUGCUCUAUUUUUAUUUUUCAUGAGCUUGUGAUUCAAUGGGAUGAUUUAUCACUCUUUGCAAUGGAAAUAUGAAUUUGAUAACGUGGUAAA